CCACAACACCAACUGAUGGGAUGUACUUUUUCAAAGUUGUGGGCGUCUUCAGGAACACUCAUCAGGCCCUCAUUUCUGAUGGAAUUCUCUGGCCAAUCUCUAUCGCGCGUAGAGUUUGAAAUUCAGUCGGACGACUGGACCAAUAUUCCCGGGCUUGAGAUCCCCCGAUGCAGUGGACAGCUUGCCAUGUCCAUGACAACACAUGGCCGGGUUAGGAUUCUGCUCGCCCGCACUGCCGGCACGCUCCCGAACGCAUACCGCAAGUCCACGUUCAAGUUUGACCCAUCGCAUUUUACAAGGGUAAAAUGUCACCCAAUAGUCCAUACCUCGGCCAUUGCGGGGUAA